GACACUGAAGUCACAUGACACGCUGACAGCAAGAUGGCGAAAACUGGAGGAAGAAUGGACAUGAACUCGCUUAAUGGUCCGUUAAAUGAUGUUGCCGGCCGAAAUAUACAAAAGUUGGCAAUCACCAGAGAUUAUAUAUCACAACCCCGUAUCACAUAUAAGACAGUGUCUGGUGUGAAUGGACCUUUAGUUAUAUUGGAUGAUGUGAAGUUCCCUAAAUAUGCUGAGAUUGUUAACUUAACGUUAGCUGAUGGAAGUCAACGAAGUGGACAGGUACUGGAAGUUAGUGGCUCAAAGGCUGUUGUACAGGUAUUUGAGGGUACAUCAGGUAUUGAUGCUAAACAUACAACAUGUGAAUUUACAGCCGAUAUUUUAAGAAUGCCUGUCUCAGAAGACAUGUUGGGUCGAGUAUUUAAUGGAUCUGGUAAACCUAUUGAUAAAGGACCAUCAGUUUUAGCUGAAGAUUAUUUAGAUAUUCAGGGUCAACCUAUUAAUCCGUGGUCUCGUAUUUAUCCUGAAGAGAUGAUACAGACAGGUAUAUCAGCUAUAGAUACCAUGAACUCUAUCGCUAGAGGUCAAAAAAUCCCUAUAUUCUCAGCUGCCGGUUUACCACAUAAUGAAAUUGCUGCUCAAAUUUGUAGACAAGCUGGUUUGGUCAAAUUACCUGGUAAAAGUGUCAUGGAUGAUCACGAAGACAACUUUGCUAUUGUUUUUGCUGCUAUGGGAGUUAAUAUGGAAACAGCUAGAUUCUUUAAACAAGAUUUUGAAGAAAAUGGUUCCAUGGAAAAUGUCUGUCUGUUCUUGAAUUUAGCCAAUGAUCCUACUAUUGAAAGAAUUAUUACCCCACGUAUUGCCCUGACAACAGCUGAAUAUAUGGCUUAUCAAUGUGAAAAACACGUACUGGUUAUUCUAACUGAUAUGAGUUCUUAUGCUGAGGCUUUAAGAGAGGUAUCAGCUGCUAGAGAGGAAGUACCUGGUCGUCGUGGUUUCCCAGGUUACAUGUACACUGAUUUAGCUACUAUAUAUGAAAGAGCUGGUCGGGUUGAAGGAAGAAAUGGCUCAAUUACACAAAUCCCUAUUUUAACUAUGCCUAAUGAUGAUAUAACACAUCCUAUUCCUGAUUUAACAGGUUAUAUCACAGAGGGUCAAAUAUAUGUUGAUCGACAACUUCACAACAGACAGAUCUAUCCACCAAUCAAUGUAUUACCAUCUUUAUCUCGAUUGAUGAAAUCUGCUAUUGGUGAAGGUAUGACAAGAGAAGAUCAUGCUGAUGUUUCUAAUCAAUUGUAUGCUUGUUAUGCUAUUGGUAAAGAUGUACAAGCUAUGAAAGCUGUAGUAGGAGAAGAGGCUUUAACACCAGAAGAUUUACUAUACUUAGAAUUUUUAACUAAAUUUGAGAAAAACUUUAUUUCACAAGGUCAUUACGAAAAUCGAACAAUUUUUGAAUCUCUGGAUAAAGGUUGGCAGUUGUUACGAAUUUUCCCUAAAGAAAUGUUGAAAAGAAUUCCACAGAGUACUUUAACCAAAUACUAUCCACGUGAUGCCCAGAGAACACAAGCUGCAGCUGCAGCUGCAAAGGAAGUGACAUCAUUAUAAAAUCAUUACCUUAUUAGUCGAUAAGAUAAACCAAUCGUAUGUCUUGAUACAUAAACCAGUUUCAUUGCUUAAAAAGACAUAAAGUAACCAUGGUGAUCAUUGUUUUAUAAUGUACAGUACAAUUCAGACAAUAUGCUUUAUCAGUAUGAUUAGGUUUCCUGGAGCAGGAUCAGAUUAAGGCCCUUAGAGAACCUAAGCACAUUAAAGAUUUUAGUGCCCACAUAUAUAUAUAUAUAUAUAUAUAUAUAUAUAUAUAUAUAUAUAUGUAAUUUAAAAUAGAAACAAUAAAAAACAUAACAAAAACCUUGUGGGUUUUCUCCUGGUCCUCCAGUUUCCUCCCACUGCUAAAGACCCCUACAUGCAAACGAAUUAUUGAAAUAAAAUUGAACCAUAUGUUAGUCCCAAAAUGACCUAGUUUGUGUCAAGGGCGUUAAACCCCAUUUCUCUCUCUCUCACUACAAGUACUUAGAUUUCUAUGUGCCAUAAUGGUAUUGAUGUGAAGAAUUCAUCAUGUCAAGUCCUAUUGUUAGCCAAAAAAUCUAUUGAAAAAGUAUAAAUAAGCGAAUUUGGCUUUAAUGACUACUACAAGUACUUAGUAGUAUUAUAUUUGAAUUGACAAUCGAAUAUUUCGCCAAAACAAAAUAUUGAAAAAGUAUGAAAAUGUAAACAUAUUUGAAACUUUGAAAGUUUCAGGAUUCUGUAUAAUUUUAUAUCUACAUAAAAAUGUUAAAAGUAAGGAACUGGUUUCUGUACAACACUAUUUGCAAUAUUUUAGUUGAUAGUUUUAAAGAGGUAAUUACGCUAACUUGUACAGAAUGCUGUUGCAUUGGACAUAUAGAAGACUCCAAGUCCUAUAAAUAGACAAAGAUGUAAUCUAGGAAGAGGCUGAAUCUAUUUGUUAUGGCCAGCUCAAUUUUCGUCACUGUCGCUGAGACGUAAAUAAGGUUAGGGCACGUGAUUGUUGGUGAGAUUGUAGGUUAGGUUUAAGAAUUCGGGUAAACAUUCGAGCUAGGUCCAGGGUUAGGGUUGGAAUUAGUUCUAGCCCUGUUUACAUCUCGUGACCUUUGACCAAACCUGAAGUUAGCCUUAUCAAAUAGAUCUAACCGUUGUAUUUGUAGUUGUAAUUGAGUAUUAAUUAGCUAUGUAGAUUUAGUAUUAAAAUCUUAAAGUGUCAAUCAAAAGAAUAACAAUAACAUACGAUUGUUAUAUUAGUUAUAUAUAUGUUAAAGGCUCGAUGCGUUGUUCAGUGCUAUAAGAAUCCCUUGUAAACAACAUUAUUGAUGUGUUGUUCAGCUCUAUAAGAAUCCUUUGUAAACAACAAUAUUGAUGCAUAUUUUAGUGCUAUAAGAAUCCCUUGCAAGCUAUAAUAUUGUGAAUAUCAGUCCAAAAACGGUUCAAUUCUGCUUAGUAUUUACAAAGUUUUGAUAGAUUGAAAUUGAUCGAAGCUAAGUCUCGGUCCUCCAUAUUUGAUUAGAAAACAUUUCAGACUUAAAGAAUGAUCUACAAGAGGCAGAUUUAGCUCUUGCAUAAUGCAUGUUUAAUUAAAUAUUAAAUAUUAGUGUGUAUUAAGCAGUGAGAAAGUUGAUAUUUUAGUGAAAAUGCAAAUGACCCAUCGAGCCUAUAAGUAAGUAGUGAUCGUGUUUGAAAUAUUUAUAAAUAGUUAUAUAUCUAUAUAUACAUAGACACACAUUAUUAAUAUUGCUAAUACAAACAUCCAUUAACCAAGAACAAAGAAACAGAAGUGGUUGGGUCCAUUUGUGGUUGGACCUACUUUAAAUAUCUUACGGUUCCACGAUUGGCAUCUUUCAAAUGCUAUCAAGACAUUGACCACGUUAAAUAUCUUAUUGAUCAACUACGGGCAUCUGUCAAGGUAUUAAAGUUGAAAAUAUUCUUAAAGAUACAUUAUGGGAGAUUAGAUAAAGAGCUGGCAGUUCUCACUAUAAUAGUUAAAAACAAGAUAAUGUAAAAGGAAUAUGCUGAAAAUUUCAGUCAAAUUGAUCCACUCUGAACCAAGAUAUUAUCGAUUAAAUUUUAGGCCUACUUAAAGGGGAGUUAUGGGAGAUUAGAUAAAGAGCUAACAGUUCUCACUGUAACAGUUAAAAACUAGGUAAUGUAAAGGGAAUAUGCUGAAAACUUCAGUCAAAUUGUCAUUGUAAUUGUCACUACUGUCACAAUAAUUUUUGCAGUUAAUUAUCAAUGGGUGUUAAACAGCAGAUCGGAUUCAAAUCCAAUGAAAAUCAGACACAUGAGAUGGCAUUGAGAGUUGAUUAUGUUCUUUUCAUGUUAAUAAAUGUCUAACAUUUCAGUCCUAAAGAAAGACCUGCAAUAGGUAGAUUUAGCUCUUGCAUAAUGUAUGUUUAAUUAAAUGCUUUGUUGAUGAUCUGUUUGCCCUAAAUGAAGCCUGACUAUAUGAUCAACAAGGAACAAAUACAACAUUCCCUUUUUUUUUUUCUCUGUUUGUUUUGUUUUUGUUUUUUGUAAUUGUAUAAGAUAAUGUGUCAUGACAAGUUAUGUACAUAAUCAAAUAGUUAUUGAGGCUGUGAGAGAUGUUAUGUGUGUAAAUUGGGUACCUAUAUGUAACCUGUGAUAACAAAUUGAGUUGGAAGUCGCAAAAAAGUUAAAAAUCGUCUGAAAAUAUCUUCUUUUUUUUGAUAUAAGACUAAAGGUAAAAGUUUAGAUUUGAAAAAUAAAGCAAACUAAUUUUUUUUCGUAUUUUUAGUCUAUUUCGAUGGUUUUAUUCAUAUAUCGUGGACAAUGACUUGAGACUUCACUCUGCAAACCUCAGCAGAUUCCAGUACCCUACAUCUAGUCUCGACUGUAUGACGAAGUCCGCUAUUGGAACUACUUUCAAGUUCACGGAUUACCAACGGCCUUGCUCAUAAUGACGCCUUUGAAGAAUGUUUCAUCAUACAAAUAUUUCAAAGUCUGAAGCUGUUUUUCUUUCAAGUUAUCCGAUUUUCUUCAAACAAGGACAACUUUGCACUAAAAUUUCUACACACGCUUCGAACGACGCAAUUUUGAUAACUUCUUUUUAAAAGUGGCAAGUUUUCCUAAUAAGUAAACUGAUGCCGCAUCGCAAUUGUAUAGGCUUAGGUACAUAUCACUUACCGCCAUACAGUCGAGGCUAGAUGUAGAGUAACGAAAUCCGCUGAGGUUUGUCGAGACUUCCGACUCAUCUUGCCAUCGUGGGUCGCAUAUCUAUUUAUGGUGUAUAUAAUUACAGUAUUAAUAGGAUUUGGUUUAUAAGAUGAGAAAUGUUACAUAUCUAUCAGUAGGAUCGACUCAAUCUAAAAAAAAAAAAACGUGUGAUAUCAUUCAGGUAUGGGAGACAACUUCAAAUUUGGCGUAAGGUGUUUUAUAAAGGGGGUACUCGAUUGCACGUUCCGGAAUUGAAUUCUCUCAAUCCCAAAAAUAGUGACAAUCGAGUGAAAAGGUGGAUUUCGGGCUACAACGCAUGCGUCGACUGAAUAAGUAAAUAUCUCAACCAUCCAUGCAGCCGAAACCAUUUAAUUACGUCACGAUUCUACUCACACCACCUAGGUUGUCGGGACUGACAGAAUUAUGACAGAACUGAAUUCCGCGUUACUCGAUUGCAAUUCUGUCAAUUUGGGACGUUUUGGACUUUGAAUCGAGCAUCCCCUAUAUCAGACGAUUUGACACAAUAUUUCUGGGCCCAUAUUCACGAAAACUUAACUGAGAUAAAAUCCAAAUUUUAGUAAUUUGAUUGGAUAAUAUUAGAUUGAUUUUAGUGCUUAGCCAAUCAAAAUUGAGGUAUCUACUAAAAUUUGGAUUUUAUCGUAAGUUAAAAUUUCGUGAAUCAGGCCCCUGUGCACUUUGGUGCAUAUACACAUGGUACACAGAGAGUGGAAUGCGUCGGCGGUUAUUUCAAUGAAUAUAAACUGCAUUCAGAACAUCAGAACUCCAAGCACUUGUUGCAGGGAUUGGGUGGCCGAAUGGUUAUGGGGUGCGUGUUGUAUUGUAAUGUCAGUUAAUGAGACAAGUGGCGUGGUUGUACUUGACAAGGAGUAGGGUCGCCUGUCCAAUCUCGUGGGUUUUCUCUGGGUCCACCAGUUUCCUCCCACUGUUGUAAGAUUAUUCACACACAUACAUACAAAACAUAUCUAUAUGGUAAUGGUAUCAAGGUUAAUCAAUAACAGAGGAAAACUACCUGAAUAUUGCUUUAUUUGCUAUAACAAAAAAUCUUGUGAAUCAUUUGGCUGACUUGCAAUAUGUUUAUAACAUUUCAAAUUUAGUGUUUCUUUUUCAAUUGAUUAACUAGUCAUAAUUAUAUAACAUUGACUUCUAACUUGUAUCUCUUGGUCUUUCUUAAAGAUGCAUUAAGAUUUUAAUUUAAAAACUUUUUUUUUUCUGUAUAUUUUUUUUUCUUGUAUCAAAUAAAUUAUUAUAAGUCCCAUAUAUUGUCUCCAUUUUUAUUUUUUAAAUUUAUUUUAUUUAAAUUUGUUAUUUUGUUAAAUUAUUCUGAUUUUAUCAAAAUGGUCUGAAUGAGAUUAAUGAACCAGUAGUUAAACAUGCCGAUUUACUGCAAACACAGAGAGAAAAAGUUGACUUGUUUGAAUCAAGAAUAUAGAAAAAGGGACGACGGUAGUUGGUCGUCAAAUAAAGAGAGUAAAAGCUGUCUUCAAUUUAUGUUGUUUUAAUUUUGAGGACUUGAGCAGGCCAUUUUUGUGAGCUUCAAAUCAACCCCGAAGCUAGCGGGGAGGCAAGGGGGGCACCUGUCCCCCUGGGUGCUGAACUGCGCCCUUUCCAUUAGACGCAAUAUGAAGCCAACGACCAAUGUGCCCAUAUCAGUAUGGGCGCCGCAUAAUGUCAAGUGACAUUGGUUGGGCUGCCCCACCCCCUCGCUAUUUACAGGCCUGCAAAUGUUAAUUGUUCGAUAGAGUUGACAGGAAAAAAACCUAAAGGUAAACAAAAAAUUAAGACUAACUGGUAGUUAUAUCUGGCUAUUCUCAUCUCUUAACAUCUUAGUAAAAAUAAAUACCCAUAACUAUCAAAAAUCUAUUAAAAUUAUGUAUAUUUUGUUUUAUGCUAAGUUAUGUGUAAAUGAUGUUGCUUGUUCGAACACACUGUUUCAUUAUGCUAGGUUCGCACUGUUCGCGCUACGAUUGAAAUUGUGGUUUUAGUCGCGAAGUAAUCGUGGAGAUUCUAUCAAGUGUUAUCAUAUAUCGAGGUCAUUCGUGGGGGGUUGGAUGGGCGAAUGAUUAGCACACGCGUGCUGUAUCAUAAGGCCUGUCAUUGAGUCAACUUGCAUGGUUUUGAAUCCCCAGUUGUACGUGACAAGGAGUAGGGUCGCCUGUCCAACUUCGUGGGUUUUCUCUGGGUCCUCCGGUUUCCUCCCACUGCUAAAGACCUCUACGCGCAAGCGAAUUAUUUAAAUAAAAUUAAAACCAUAUGUUAGUCCCGAAAUGACCUAGUUUGUGUCGAGUGGACGUUAAACUCUCUCUCUCUCUUGACAGUGGAAACCUAGCAUUAUAAUAUUUUGUUUGGUAUAAGAUAACAAUCUGUUUAAAACACAGAUCCUAUUUUACUUUGUUUUUUUAUAGUUCAAUAUUUCGUUUAACUUGUCUUUACUACACUAGAAUAACCUGCGUUCUGGAUGAUAUAAGGGAUUGGCCAAUGAAAUGGUCUGUUAUGGUGAGUUUGUGGCGGGAGGUGCAGGGAGCUUUGGGUAAACCACUAGAAACGUCAACACUGAUUGAUUUAUCAAUGUCUGAUGUCAUAGGGUCAAAAGCUGCUCGUACAUCUGAUGCGACCUUCCACUACAACUGGUCAGAUCUUCAUGUAGUGUAGGCCAUCGAAAGUAUAAAAAAACGAAACAAAAUAUAGAUCUGUAUUUUAAUCAGAUUGUAUAUGAUAGGUAAAUGCUUAUGUUAUUGAUAAUGCCAAAAAUGCUUUCGUCCAUAUUUACUUGAUAAAUUACCUCAAUAAUAUUUGAACAAACACAACCUCGACAAUGAAUAAAUGAAUGGGGAUUAACCUUCUACAGUUCUACACACAGACAUAAGUUCAGAAUUUACUCAAAUUUCAAUCACUGUUUAUGAGAAAUAUCUUUGAUCCAGAAACACAAGACUUUGCACAUGGUUUCUUAUUGAUAUAUUUGAUACAUUAAAACAACAAAAGUUUUAUAACCGGUUGUAUUUUAGUUAAAAUAAGGUGAACAAUUUUGAGUAAAUUCUGAACAUAAGUCUGAGAAUGCUUCCUGGACUCAUGAAGACAAACAUAAACAAAUGAAAAUAUGUGUCACAUCACUGAUGAUGAGUAUUACAUAAUAAUGCAUUUAUCGUGGGAUAAAUCUAUUUGUUAAGGCCAGCUUAAUUUUUGUCAAGGUCGGUGAGCUGUAAAUAAGGUUAGGGCACGUGAUUGUUAGCGAGAAUGUUGGUUAGGGUAAGCAUUGGAGCUAGGUCCACGGUUAGGGUUAGGAUUAGCACUAGCCCUGUUUCCAUCUCAUGACCUAUGACAAAAAAUUGAGCUGGCCUUAUCAUUUAGCACUUACCAUUUAUCGUGUGCUUGAUUUGUUGAAUUAAGAAUUUUUGUUUUAUAUUGCAUUUAUCAAAUUAUUGGGGUUCGCAUCAUGAAUGAAUGUUUCUAAUGAUUUGUUGAUGGAUCGUUUUAUAAAUCAUAUUACCUUAUAUUUGUAGAUCAGAGUAACUACAUAUAUCCCACCAAAUGUUUCUUGAUCCCUGGAAAGUUCUAUCUUUAGUUUAGCAUCAUUGUUCCCUCUAAACUGUACAGGUAUGCAGAUGCAUACCCAUUUUGCACUAUGCACGUACAAAGAAAAUUAAUGUUCACAGAAAAUUUUAGGUCAUAAAAAAACAAUAUUCUGGUUUCGAAAUACUGUCACUUUAAAAAUGGCAACAUUGUAAAAAAGGGCCACAUUGUUUAAAAAGGGGCACAUGAUCUGUUUUUAAGUUGUCAGUACAGUUUUUUUUAAGGUAUUUGAGAUGGGCUGUGCCAAAAUAUUAUCAUAAAUCAAUUUCAUUGGAAUAUCUGUACAAAUAUCUUGUGCAUAGACAAUAAUUGUUGUUGGACUAAAAUAUACACACCAUCAGAUUUUGCACGCAUGCUCGAAUCCGACUACUAAAAACUAGAGGGUAAAUUGUUUAGCAUAUUUUUCGGCUAAAGCUAUUUGUUAAGGCCAGCUCAAUUUUUGUCAAGGUCCUUAAGAUGUAAAUAAGGUUAGGGCACGUGAUUGUUGGCGAGAUUGUGGGUUAGGGUAAGCAUUGGGGCGAGGGUUGGGCGUGACCUAUGACGAAAAAAAUUGAGUUGGCCUUAUCAUUUAGCACUAACCAUAUUUUUUUGCCUUUAUCAUAUAUAUAUAUAUAAAACUUUCUAUACUCCUUAUUACUUGUAUAUAAAUUAGUGACCUGGAUUGUGGUAUGUGGGUGGGUCUAAUAAUGUCACUUUCUAUAGUUGAUGAAUAUUAACAGUAGGUAGGCCUUGAAAUAAAGGCUUUUAGUUGCACCUGUCAAAAUGUCAGGCACCACUGAACUAGUACCUGAUAUUUUUAUCUUCGUGUUAAAUACUAAUGCGCAUUGUAUCAUAAGGUCUGUCAUUGAGUCAGCUGGCUUGGUUUCGAUUCCCGGGUUGUAUGUCACAAGGAGUAGGGUCGCCUGUCCAACCUCGUGGGUUUUCUCCGGGCCCUCCAGUUUCCUCCCACUGCUAAAGACCCCUACGCACAAGCGUCCAGAAAACCCCAUCUCUCUCUGCCUCCUAUACAAUAGAUAAAUGACCGGUACUAGAGAAAUUGUGUCUGACAUUGUCUGUGACAUGUUCUCUAUUUCUAGGCUUAAUAUAUAGUAGUCUAUUUAUAAUGGUUUGUUUGAUUCAUAUUAUACAUUUAAAGGCUCCAUACCACUCUUGUUGUAACUGAAUAAUAUGUCCCAAUCUUUAUUCUGGUCAACAAAUUGUACUAUUUUAGAAUAUUUCAAUUAAUUGAUGAUACAAAUUUCAUCUUAACACACCUUAUUUAAAAUUUUUGAAAAAUUCAACAUAAUGGUUUGAAACGUCUAACGUAAACCUUUUCAAAUGAAACUUCGAUUUAAAAAUAUUUUCGAACCCUCUGGACAAGUAAAAUAGGAUGUAAUGGAUAAUUUACACAACAGGUAGGACACUUAAACAUCUAGUACUUAGAUAGAGAUAUUUAUUUUCUGGAGCUUUCAAGCCAGCAAGAGUGUUAUUGUCUCCCUUUAAUGAUGUAUACACUAUAUUUAGUUAUAUUUAUAUUCAAAUCGUGAUGUAGAUUAUUGAAACAGUACAUAUAUCUAACAAUAAGACCCCGGAGAAGAACGAUCUAAGUCACUUUUUCAACGAACCCCAGGUAAUGGCACCAUCAGGUAGCAAAUUGUAUAAGCUUUCUGUGGAACAAUCAAUUUCAGGUAAAAACGAUCGGAGUCACAUCGAACCAAGACCUUUCUGAAAUGGCCCCCGGACAAAUAGGUCCAUCGUGCACUUUAUUUGACCUUAAUUUGGCUGAAAAGUGGAAGUCAGUUGUUGAACUGGUAAUUAUGAGUCGUAUUAAACAUCAUUUUGAAGUUGUAAUUUAACCCACUCGUUGUUCUGUUCGCGUCAAGCAUUCUCGUCCAAAUGAUGAGUUAGUUGUAUUUUACGUCCGCUUCCACCGAGGUGAUAUCGCAGACAAGUUCUCGUCCAAAAGUCUGUUUUGCCUUUUAUGCGAAAAGACAAAACUGUGACUUGGAUCGUUCUUCCCAUGGACUCUUCACAUGUAUGACCUUCUGUCCAAUGAUGUAUACAGUGUGUCUAGUUAUAUGUUAUAUUCAUUUUGAAAUCAGAUAGACCUAAGAAUAAGUGUGAUAUAUGUGUAUAACCUUGUGUCCAAUGUAAAUUUACAUUAGAUCAUUAGAAUAAUAAAAUAAUAUGAAGGAA